GUUGGACCCUCCCGGUGUCUCCCACUGACGUCCCGUCCUCACCUUCAGGUUGCUCCUUUCCUGUUCCAUGGAGUUGCAGAGCAUGUGAUGCGCCUCCAUGUCUUUCCUGCGUUGGGUCUCCGAGAAACUCAGCGUUGAGAGUUUGAGGGAUCUGGAACUGUUUGGAGAGCAGCCUCAGGGGAGCUCGCAGCGGACCGCCCAUGAGGAGAGCUACGAGUCUUUAGCGUCGCUCCCGCCUCGGGACGCCAUGGGGAGCUUUGUGCCCGACAGCUGCUCCUACGACCUGCUUACUGUCAUAGGCUGCGGACUGGAGGACUUGAUGACUGUGAACCUGGGGAGGUACCGGCCGACGGGGGACUAUGUGGCCAUUCGCAGGAUAAACUUGGAAAGCUGCACCAAUGAAAUGGUGAACUUCCUACAGGGGGAGCUGCAUGUGUCCAAGCUGUUUCAUCAUCCCAACAUCCUACCCUACAGGAGCAUCUUCAUCUCCAAAAACGAGCUGUGGGUCAUCACGCCAUUCAUGGCCUACGGUUCAGCUAAAGAUUUAAUAAGCAAUCACUUCACUGAUGGCAUGAGUGAGCUGGCAAUCGCCUACAUCCUGCAGGGCGUGGUGAAGGCGCUGGACUACAUCCACCACAUGGGCUACGUGCACAGGAGUGUGAAGGCCAGCCACAUCCUCAUCUCCGCCGACGGCCAGGUUUACCUGUCUGGCCUGCGCAGUAUCUUCAGCCUCAUCCGUCACGGCCAGCGGGCCCGGGUGGUACACGACUUCCCCCAGUACAGCAUGAAGGUGCUGCCCUGGCUAAGCCCCGAGGUCCUGCAGCAGAAUCUGCAGGGAUAUGAUGCCCGCUCAGACAUCUACAGCCUUGGGAUCACCGCCUGUGAGCUUGCCAAUGGCCACGUGCCUUUUAAAGACAUGCCAGCUACCCAGAUGCUUCUGGAGAAACUGAAUGGAACUGUACCCUGCCUGCUGGACACCAGCACCAUCCCACCAGAGGAGCUCACCAUGAAGCCGUCCCGCUCGGGGGCCGACUCGGGCAUCGGAGAAAGCACGGGCGCCUGUGGCAUCAGGCCAUCAAAUGGGGAGCCCAGUCAGCACCCCUACAAUCGCACCUUCAGUGCCCACUUCCAUAGCUUUGUCGAGCUUUGUUUGCAGAGGGACCCUGAGCGCAGACCCUCUGCCAGCGCCCUGCUUGGUCACUCCUUCUUCAAACAGAUAAAGCGCCGCGCUUCAGAUGCCCUCCCUGAACUCCUCCUACCCGUCUCGCCCAUCAGAAACUUGGAGUGCGUGCAGCGGCACAACGACUCGACGGCAGCGCUGGCCAGCUUGGAGUCCAGCCUGAGCCAGCUCGAAGUGGACGACUGGGACUUCUAAGGGUCCUCCGUUCAGCCCCCCUCUAGGGCUGCAUUACAAAUGGCAACAGAGCUGGACCCUGUCGUCCCAGACGGCCAACUGCUGCUGCCGCUCUCUCGCCAUGAACUGGAUAGCGAGUGGGCCACGCCAUGGCCGCCCCCUAAAACUCUGUUUCACCAUCUAGUGAAAUAAAUCAGAAUUUCAGAGCCGA